AUGGCGAAAGGAUUCCGUUUUCUCAACUUGAUCAAGCCCGUUAUGUGCUUGAUCCCAGAAGUAGAAUCUCCUCAUCGAAGAGUUCCAUUCAAGGAACGUCUCUUAUGGACGCUGAUGGCACUCUUUAUUUUUCUAAUUUGUUGUCAAAUUCCGCUUUACGGAAUUGUCAUGUCACGCUCAUCUGACCCCUUUUAUUGGAUGAGAGUCAUUCUUGCAUCAAAUCGUGGGACACUGAUGGAAUUGGGAAUUUCUCCUGUUGUUACUUCUGGCAUGAUCAUGCAGUUAUUGGCUGGAGCAAGAAUUGUUGAUGUGGAUCAAAGUCUCAAGGAGGAUCGCGAGUUAUUUAAUGCAGCUCAGAAAUUAUUGGGACUCCUGAUCACAAUUGGGGAAGCUGUUGCAUAUGUUCUGUCCGGAAUGUACGGAAAUAUCAACGAAAUUGGGACUGGAAAUGCACUACUGAUUAUCGCACAAUUGGUGUUUGCUGGACUUGUUGUUCUUCUAAUGGACGAACUGAUGCAGAAAGGCUACGGACUGGGAAGCGGAAUUUCCCUCUUCAUCGCUACAAACAUUUGCGAAAAUAUCGUGUGGAAGGCUCUUUCCCCCACGACUAUCAAUACUGGAAAAGGAACCGAAUUUGAGGGAGCAAUGGUUGCCUUGUUUCACUUGGUCUUGACGAAGAAGAACAAAAUUGAUGCUCUCAGGGAGGCGUUUUAUCGCAGUAACGCUCCUAAUUGCACGAAUCUUUUGGCUACCAUUUUAGUAUUUCUAAUCGUUAUCUAUUUCCAAGGAUUCAAGGUUGACCUUCCGGUGACCUAUCAGAAAGUCCGUGGCCAACAAGGAACCUACCCGAUCAAGCUUUUCUACACCUCAAACAUUCCCAUCAUUCUUCAAACUGCUCUGGUGUCAAACCUCUACUUCUUCUCUCAGUUGCUGUAUCGUCGGUUCAGAUCCAGUCUUAUUGUCAGCAUUAUUGGCCAGUGGCAGGUACUAGACCCAUCCGGCAAUGCUGUUCCUAUUGGCGGAAUUGCGUAUUAUAUUUCACCCCCGAGCAGCGUCUCGGAUAUGGGAGCCGACCCCUUCCACGCUUUCAUUUAUAUCACCUUUGUAUUGGUUUCUUGCGCCGUCUUUUCAAGAAUGUGGACAGGAAUUUCUGGCUCGAGCGCUCGCGAUGUCGCUAAGCAACUUCGGGACCAACAGAUGCUCAUCAAGGGGCAUCGCGACACAGCAAUCGUAGAGCUCCUCAACAGAUAUAUUCCUACAGCAGCAGCCUUCGGGGGGAUGUGCAUUGGCGCUCUUACUAUCGUAGCGGAUGUUCUCGGCGCCAUCGGAAGUGGCACUGGAAUUUUGCUCGCUGUCACGAUCGUUUACCAAUACUACGAAAUGAUGGUCAAAGAAACAGAUCAAGGUGGGAAGGCUUUAUGA